GCGGGAAUCAGAUCGGCUGCUGUUUCUGGGACCUGGCGCUGCGAGAACACGCCGCCGUCAACAAGGAAUCAUCAAGUUUCGGAGGCGGAGUGAGAGGAAUGGGGUUGAGGGUGAGGUGGAGGGAGGAAAAUGAAGCAACUACGCUGGGCCUUGCUUCCACGAAGGACACCGCUUCAGCGAACAAGCCCGAAGCAGGCACAGGGCCUCUUCAGAUCUCAGUGAUUAAUUGAAUGGAAUUUAUGACGAGUCAUUAAGCAGCUUCUUUAGAAAUGUGGAUGCCAGAUGAAAGUCGUCUGACUGGUAGAGAGUUAUUUUUGCCCAGAGCAAACUACUUAUAUUUCUGGAGUGCCUCUGUGAAAAGUAGAGUACCAAGCAUUUGGGAGGUUACAAUCAAGAUAAAAGACACAAUUCCUGCUCUCGAGGAGCUUCUUGUUUUGCAAGAGAGACAGAGUUGGUGGUGGUGACGCGGAUAUUUCCAAAGGGAAAAUUUGUUCACUAAAAGCCAGAGCAGUCUUGAUCGACAUGGAGGAAGGUGUCGUGAACGAGAUCCUGCAGGGACCAUUGAGAGAUGUGUUUGAUAGUAAGCAGCUCAUCACGGAUGUUUCCGGCUCAGGGAAUAAUUGGGCCGUAGGGCACAAAACUUUUGGCCGCCAGUAUCGGGAACGCAUUGUGGAAAAGCUUAGAAAGACAGCAGAGCACUGUGAUUGUUUGCAGUGUUUCUUUGUCCUUCAUUCCAUGGGAGGAGGCACAGGAUCUGGCCUCGGCACAUUUGUUUUAAAUGUGCUUGAAGAAGAAUUCCCAGAAGUGUACAGAUUGGUUACUUCAGUCUAUCCAUCCGGGGAAGACGACGUCAUCACUUCACCGUACAACAGCGUCUUGGCGAUGAAGGAACUGAAUGAGCAUGCUGACUGUGUGCUUCCCAUCGAAAACGAAUCUCUGUUUGACAUCGUCAGCAAAAUUAAUCAGAUGACAAAGUCCGGAAAGCCAGGUACGACCUUGAAGCCGAGAAGUUUGAUAACUUCAAGCGAAGGAGGUAUCAGAAAGCAUCAGGCGAAACCAUUCGAUACGAUGAACAACAUCGUGGCAAAUUUACUGCUCAAUUUGACAAGCUCUGCCAGGUUCGAAGGCUCCCUUAACAUGGACCUUAAUGAAAUCAGCAUGAAUUUGGUUCCCUUUCCUCAACUUCAUUAUCUUGUUUCAAGCCUCACUCCUCUGUACACACUUGCAGAUGUCGAUGUUCCUCCUCGAAGGUUGGAUCAGAUGUUUUCAGAUGCCUUUAGCAAAGAUCACCAACUAAUUCGAGCUGACCCAAAACACAGUCUCUACCUUGCUUGUGCUCUUAUGGUUCGAGGAAAUGUCCACGUUUCAGAUCUUCGCAGGAACAUUGAAAGGUUGAAACCUUCUCUCCAGUUUGUUUCCUGGAAUCAAGAAGGCUGGAAAACCAGCCUAUGUUCAAUACCUCCGGUUGGCCAUUCUCACUCACUGUUGGCAUUAGCCAACAACACCUGUGUAAAGCCUACUUUCAUGGAACUCAGAGAGAGAUUUUUAAGACUCUUCAAGAAAAAGGCUCACCUUCAUCACUACCUACAGGUCGAAGGGAUGGAGGAGAGCUGUUUCACCGAAGCCGUUUCGUCGUUGACUUCUCUCAUUGAGGAAUAUAGGCAGCUGGAUGCUACUAAGCGUACGCCCGUGCAAGCCCCACCUAGGCUGAACGUAGCCAUGUAAGGGAAAAAAGCCUCCGACGGUCCCCCCUGCGGUGAUGUGCAACUCGCCGGAUGGCCCUUAAAGCUGUGAUUUUGCUACUAGAGAAUUCACCCAAAGCCUUCGAAUUUCCUCAGUGCCUUGUGUCUAGAAAGCGGAUUGAGAUUUGCGUUUUGGUCCCGUUGGUCGAAGGUGCCGGACUGAAAUAUCUGAAGCCGCUAGACUUGCGAUUGUGGUUUGGGGAAGACGGUCCCUUUUUCAGGUGAGUUAGCACUGGGGAGUCCAUCUUUAACUGGUUGUGAUGUCUGCGCUAAUCAUCAGCUAUUUAAUAAAGUCUUAAUUAUUACAGCACUCGAUUGUAUUCUGCAGCGCUGUCUAACCAACCGGUGAUUCACGGUAAAGCUAUUCAAAGAUGAGAAUGUUUUUCCAUAAAAUGUUUAUAUUUUUGUGUAAUUGAAUAUUCAACUCCUUGGCUUCAUAUUUCAUUCAUUAAAAAGUAUUACUUUCCA